CACAUUUGAUUUUUCCAACAUUUCCUGGUCAAAAUAUUCCUCUUCUUCGCUUCAGUUUCGACCCAAAUGAUUUGUUUCUUGUCCAGUAAUUGACAAGAUGACUCUUGGGUAUGUGACGUUGGAUGUUGGUGACCAGGCCUUGAUCUAUGAUGUGAACGGAAGAGCUCGGAUCGAAGAUGGACCUAAAAGGAUCUUCCUGUUUCGUGAGAAGUAUCAACUGUUGAUGCGUUUCUCAGCUGAUCAGAACCAAUACCUGCGAGUGCGUUAUCGGGACGGCAAAGUGGAGCACAUUCCUGGACCAUGCUCCAUGUUCCGCAACCCUCUCAAACACCAGAGCAUCGAAAACAAACAAGGAAUCUCAUUGGACGCUAACGAGCUUGUCGUCGUUUAUAAACAGGAUGAGAAGUCAAAGGAAGUGUCACGUUCCACGGUGUACGGACCAACAUUAUUCACUCCCAAGUCUAAUGAAUGGUUGCAUGACUUCAGUUGGCAUGGGACGGACCCAGAGAACAAGACCAGGAAAGUGCCAGACUCCCUUCAGUUUACCAAACUACAAAUCAUUCCAGACCAGUUCUAUUACAAUGUUGAUGAAGUGCGUACCUCAGAUGAUGCCUUGAUGCGGGUCAAACUCAUGUUGUUCUAUGAGAUCAAAGAUGUUGAACGCAUGCUUGCCACAACACAAGAUCCAAUUGCGGACUUCAUAAAUUGUGUCCAGGCAGAUGUCAUUGCGUUCGCAUCUCAGCUCAGUUACCUAGAGUUCAUUGAGAAGUCAUCCAAGUUGAACGAGCUGGACAACUACCCCCAGUUAACCAGCUGUGCUAAGAGGAUCGGCUAUGAGGUAUCCAAGGUUGUCUUUAGAGGUUAUUUUGCCAGCGAGAAGCUGCAGAAGAUGCAUGAUAGUGCGAUUGAGAAACGUACGCAGUUGAAGAUACAGUAUGAAACGGAGGAACAGAAUCAGUUAUUGACGGAUAUGAAGCUACAAAACGAAGUGGAGAGGUCCGAGCUGGAGCAGACGAUGCAGUUGGAAGAGUUGAAACAUGUGCAUUCCAUGCAGCACUCCAAACUGGUUCACAAGCUGGCGCUGGAUAAACAGGAACAGGAGAAUAGGAUCAAGAGAUUGGGGGCAACACAUGUAGCACAACUGGAGAGUAAACGAGCAGUAAACAAGCAGACGCUUGAUGAAUAUAAACGUCUGGGUGACCUUGGCCUCGACCUCAAUGAGUACAUCCUCAGUCAGCAUCGAAUACCAGAACGCACUGUCAAGAUCGUUGCAGCAGAGGGCGCCACUAAUUUGCACUUGCAUCGGAACUAGUCGGGCUUUCUUGAGAUUGCUGUGGUGGCCUACAAUCUUGCGAUGAUGGCCUUGUGAAAAACUAUGGGGUUGUAGCAGGUUUGGGGCUGCACUUACCUCGCUCUGUCUGCCAUAUGAAACCAGGGUGAGGUUGGACUGGAAUACAAGGAAAUGAAGACAUCUUUGUCUUUUCAAAGUGACAAAUACUCUUGUGCCACUAUUAUUUUAUCUAAAUAUUUCAUCUGUCAUGUUUCAACAUUCAUUUUAAAGAGAUAUUGUGCAAAAUCUUAUCCAAAUCUAUUACGUUGUCUGUGGUGCCCCCUUGUGAGAUGUCCAUGUGUACAAUUUUUCAGGCCAUGUUAAUUUUCUCUCAUUCUGUCUAUGACAUCGACAUCUGUUGAUCUUGCUUUAUAAGUAUUUACUUGUCAGAUAAAUUAUCUCUGUGUGUAAUCUUCAUUGUAUGUCAGUUGAAGUAUGUAAGACUCAAGCACUGACUGUAACCCAUGUCAACCUAUCGACUUUGUGCCAGUCAUAAAGUAAUGGGGGAUCAAAUCUUAUCUGUGAAUGAGGCCAGAUUUUCAUUUCGUGGUCAAGUGCAAUAUCUUUCCUCUAGUCUUUCCAAUUGAAUUGGACUCCUUUUUCUCCUUGAAUAUUGAUGGUCUUUUACAAUGACCCUAGGUUGUGAUGUACUGUAUAUUGUAUCCCGCUGAUUUAGUAAUUUAAAUGUAAUUUGUACAUUGAAGUAUCUAUCUAAAGAAUAAAACAACAUUCUAAUUA